GCUCUACAAGGUCAGACAUGAAUCAGGCACUGAUGUGGCAUGUGCUGGCAGCCCCAGUCUUUGUUAUCCUGAGUGGUGGUUCUUUAUCCAGGAAAGAUGAACCUUCCUGUCACCUGUGGGGAGAACCUCAAACCCCACAGCUUCAAAAGGAUGGAGACAUCAUGAUUGGAGGGAUUUUCACAUUCCACAACAAUUGGGAACGAGAACUUUUAUAUUCACAGGCUCCCCCGCCAUUGAAAUGCACAGACUUAAACCUCAGAUCAUUUCAGUAUGCUCAGACUAUGAUCUUUGCCAUAGAGGAGAUUAAUAACAGCACAUCUCUGCUGCAAAAUACCACUCUGGGCUAUAAGAUCUAUGACACCUGUGGUUCAGUUGCUACGGCUGUGAGGGCAGCCAUGACCCUGGCAAAUGAUCACCAAGGCCAAGCUUCUGAUAUACUUUGUACCAAACCAUCUACAGUUCAGGCAAUCAUGGGAGAGGCUUCAUCUUCCAGCAUUGCAAUUUCAGCUUUUGUUGGACCAUUUAAUAUACCUGUGGUAAGUCACUUUUCCACCUGCGCUUGUCUGAGUGACAAAAGGAAAUAUCCAUCAUUCCUCAGAACCAUUCCCAGUGACUACUACCAGAGCAGAGCACUGGCCCAGCUGGUCAAAUACUUUGGUUGGACAUGGGUGGGGGCCAUCAGGACAGAUGAUGACUACGGCAAUAACGGAAUGGCCACUUUCAUAGAGACCGCCCAACAUCUAGGAAUAUGCAUUGAGUACUCAGAACCUUUUUACAGAACAUACCCAAAGGAAGACAUAUUACGAAUAAUUGAUGCUAUUAAGAGGUCCACUUCCCGGGUUAUAGUGGGCUUCCUGUCCUACAUGGACAUGGAUGUGCUGUUGCAGGAGAUGGCUCACCACAAUCUUACAGGGUACCAAUGGAUUGGCAGUGAGGCCUGGAUCGCUGACCCAUACACAGCCACUGUCAAGGGCCACCAUGUCCUUAAUGGAGCAAUAGGAUUUUCUAUUGCAAAAGCAGAGGUGUCAGGCUUAAGAGAUUUCAUGCUGGAUGUUCUAUCAUUGAACUCAUCUGGUAAUACUAUUUUUCAAGAGUUUUGGGAAGGCUUAUUUGAAUGUAAAUUCCCCAGUGAUGUGGAUUCAGUCAAUGGUAAAGUAUGCAAGGGCACUGAGAAUCUGAGUGGGAUUGAUAACACAUACACCGAUAUGUCUCAGAUACAAAUCCUGAAUAAUGUGUACAAAGGGGUGUAUGCUGUGGCUCACGCGCUGCAUGAGUUAUUCACCUGCAAAUCUGAUCAAGAGGUGGCUGACAACCAAACCUGUGCCACGAAGAGGCAACCCGAACCAUGGAAGUUUUUACAGCAACUGAAAAAAGUUCGUUUCAAAACAAAGGAGGGUGAAGAAGUGUUCUUCGACAAGAAUGGAGAUCCAGCAGCAAAAUAUGAUCUUGUAAACUGGCAGCAGCAGCCAGACGGCCAGAUUUAUAUUGCCACAGUGGGACGAUAUGAUGCAUCCUUACCCACAGAGAAACAACUAAAACUGAACAACGUAUCCAUUGCUUGGACUAAAAAUUCUGAAAAGGUGCCAGUGUCAGUGUGCAGUGAGAGCUGUCCCCCAGGAACCCGCAAGGCCGUGCAGAGAGGGAAGCCUGUCUGCUGCUACGACUGUGUACCCUGUGCUGAGGGGGACAUCAGCAAUACUACAGAUUCUAAUGACUGCAUUCCUUGUGACCUGGAAUACUGGUCAAAUGAGUAUAAAGACAGAUGCAUAUUAAAGACAGUUGAAUAUUUAUCCUUUGAUGAAACUAUGGCAAUAGUGCUCAUCAUUUUCUCACUUUUUGGGGCAUGUUUAACCAUAAUAGUAGCUGCUGUGUUCUUCAUACACAAGGACACACCCAUCGUCAAAGCCAACAACUCUGAGCUGAGCUUCCUGCUGCUCUUUUCCCUGACCCUCUGUUUCCUCUGCUCACUCACUUUCAUCGGCCGACCCUCUCACUGGUCCUGUAUGCUGCGCCACACGGCAUUUGGGAUCACCUUUGUCCUCUGCAUCUCUUGUGUUCUGGGGAAAACAAUAGUGGUGUUAAUGGCCUUCAGGGCUACACUCCCAGGCAGUAAUGUCAUGAAAUGGUUUGGACCUUCUCAGCAGAGGCUCAGUGUCCUUGUAUUCACUCUCAUACAGGUGCUAAUUUGUCUGCUCUGGUUAACAUUAUCCCCUCCUUUCCCCAACAAGAACACGAAGUACUACAAAGACAAGAUCAUUCUAGAGUGUGAUGUGGGGUCAGCAGUGGGCUUCUGGGCUGUGCUGGGGUACAUUGGUCUCCUCUCUGCCCUGUGCUUUGUACUGGCUUUUCUGGCCAGGAAGCUGCCUGAUAACUUCAAUGAAGCCAAAUUCAUCACCUUCAGCAUGCUCAUAUUCUGUGCUGUCUGGAUCACCUUUAUCCCAACUUAUGUCAGCUCACCUGGGAAGUUCACUGUGGCCGUCGAGAUAUUUGCCAUUUUAGCUUCCACUUACGGCCUUCUUUUCUGCAUUUUUGUUCCCAAAUGCUACAUAAUUCUGUUAAAGCCUGAGUUAAACUCACGAAAAAGCUUGAUGGGUAAAAUAACCACCAAAUCGCUAUAAAAAUAAAUCCUAAUUGCAAGUUACACAUUCACACAUUCCAGCCAUUCAUUUCUUUACUGACGAGUACAUCACCACAGUAUACUCCUCCACCAGCUAGUUUUACUUAAUUACAUAAUAGCAAAUGGCAAUUAUAUCACAGGAAACUAAAGACACUGUAAAAUCUAUGUUCUAUAUCUCUUUAAAGACUGAAGCCUUGUAUAUGAAUUAUUUGUCUCCCAAUGAGUCCCUGAGUGUUAUCUUGCUCU